UCCCUCGGUCCUUGACCCUCUGAAAGAGAGAAAAAUGAACAAUAAUAAUAAUAAUAAUAAUAAUAAUAAUAGUAAUAAUAGGUAAAAGGAGAAGGAGGAUGGCUGCUUCAAGAGAUCUAGAGCUUCUAAUUCCAGUUUCAAACACUUCUGAAAAUGGAAGCUCCAAAUCAUCCUCUAAUUCUUCAUCUCCUAGCAUUGGCAUCAUUCUCUCCACCCAACAUCACUCUGGCCAAGAGGCAUUUUCUAAAGUGAUUCGUAGUUGGGCUUCAAAGAAGUUUAUGACAGGAUGUGUCAUCCUUCUUCCCAUUGCAAUAACAUUCUAUGUCACAUGGGGAUUUGUUCGGUUUGUUGAUGGUUUCUUCUCCCCUAUAUAUAAUCAUCUCGGGAUCAACAUUUUUGGUCUUGGAUUUGUUACAUCCAUCACGUUCAUCUUCCUAGUUGGAAUUUUUAUGUCAUCAUGGUUAGGAGCUUCUGUUCUAACCUUAGGUGAAUGGUUCAUCAAGAAAAUGCCUCUCGUGAGCUACAUAUAUGCUGCCUCUAAACAAAUAAGUGCAGCAAUAUCACCAGAUCAAACCUCUAAUGCUUUCAAAGAAGUGGCCCUCGUUAGGCACCCUCGUAUUGGAGAGUAUGCAAUAGGAUUCAUCACUUCUACAGUAAUGCUGAGAAGGAGUAGAGAUGAAGAAGAGUUUUUUUGUGUUUACAUUCCCACCAAUCAUUUAUAUCUUGGUGAUAUUUUUCUUGUUAGCCCAAAUGAUAUUUUGAGGCCUAAUCUUUCUGUUCGUGAAGGGAUAGAAAUUGUUAUAUCCGGUGGUAUGUCAAUACCUCAAAUAUUGAAUACAGUGGAUGCUCAUGGCAAACUUGCCUCAAGAAUGCCCACUUUUGCUACAUCACAAGUAUAAUGAUGGUAAAGUUUGUGAGCACAAGUGUGUGUUCAUUUCAAUUUUAGUUCCCCUUUUUGUAGUAACUAGAAAUUUGUAUUUAUUUAUAGGUUGUCCUUUUAUUUAUUCUUUAGACAUAUGCGUUUUGAUUAGUUAAAAAGCUUGUAGAAAAUGCAAAACUUGUCCCUCUAAAACUCAAUGGAAAGUUAACAUAGAAA